UCAGUCUUAUACCGUCAGUCAGACAAAGGGAAUCAACAAAUAUUCGAUAGUGCUCGUUUUCAUAGGCUGUUAUCUUAUUGCUAGCAUGUUCGGCGCAUCUGUUUUAUUCAACCAUCGUUUAUGCAAAAAGGGUUUCUUCUUGGCUAUUAGUUGUUGUCUAAUAGUUUUGGCAAUCCAACGAAUUCCAUCACAAUAUUCAAAACUAUUACAACCCCAAAAAUACAUCAGUUCGAGGAAAUUCGCUUUCUUGAAAAGUCACAAGUGCGCCAGCACCGUCGUUGAAAACAUCAUAUUUCGAUUCGCCUGGAACAACAAACUGAAUGUUGUUUUACCUGCGAAUGGCAAUUACCUAUCCACUGUUGAACUCUUCAAUCACACAUCACUGAACACCGCAAAAUGGAAGGAUGUAAAUUUUGACAUUUUCUGUUUGCACAGUCGUUGGAAUAAAAAGGAAGUAAUGGCGUUGCUACGUGAAGAAGUGAGAACCUUCACGAUCGUACGUGACCCCAUUGAAGUAUUUGUGUCCAUGUUCUACUUUCAGGAUCCAGUCAGAGAGUUCUACGAUGUCAAAGACAUUCACGAUAUGGUCAAUUCGAUCCAAAACACGUCGAUAUCGUAUUCUGCCUUAAAUAAACGCUGGCUAGGUUUUGUUGGUCGCAAUCAAAUGGCGUGGGAUAUGGGGCUGUCACCCGACAUCUUUGAUGAUAAAGUUGCUGUGAACAAAGAAAUUGAACGACUGGAUCGUGAGUUUGAUCUCGUGAUGGUUUCCAACCGGAUGGAAGAGUCACUUAUCCUAUUAAAGCACCUGCUCAACUGGCCUUUACAAAAUGUCAUUCAUCUGAAUUUGAAUCGACGGAAGCCGGAAAAACGGACCCCAUCGUUGAAUGCACAUGAAAGGAAGGUGCUAUCGGAAUGGUUAGCUGCAGAUGUCCAAAUAUUUGAACAUUUCUCUCGCCGAUUCGACGAAAGAGUUGCACAGUUCAAUUGGCAGCAGUCAUCGCCAUCAACAUUUCUGAUGGGCGAACUCUUCAAUUUCAAUUCGGCGAUGAAGACACAAAGACAGCUACUGGAAAAAGCCAAUAAAGAACUGUACAAACGUUGCGUUCUUCAAGAGGUUGGUAAUGAAAAGCUCAGUGGAAAAUUUAAAGAAUACAACAACAAUACCAUGGGGUUCAUCAUAAAUGAAGAGCAGCAGGGGUGCGACUUGUACUCCAUGAGUGAACCAGCCUACUUGAAGUUGUUCGAACAUUUACUACUGUCCAGAGUUUCUAACACCUCAGCAUCUAAUUAAAGAAAGUAAUGAAUAUGACUGAUUUACUGUAGCAACUAGAAUAAAACAAAUAAAUCACCGUGCAUUUCAUCAACACCAAAAUUGAAGAUCCACAGA